AUGCCCACCCUCUCCAUCUUGACCCUUCUGACGCUCCUCGUUGCACCGGGUGUACUGGCUCACCGUCAACUUGGCACUGCCGGCGCUAGCGGCACGUCGGACUUGGCCGAGUGAGCUCCGAACGCCGAGGCGCCGGCCCACGUGACCAUCCCGCUAACGAAACGUAACUUUGACGAGUCGAGACACUGGAAACGAAGGAAUGGUGCUGUGUUUAUUCCCGCUCUGGCUCAAGAAGCUGCGAAAACCGCACUCAAGUACAGCAAGGUGAGUGAGUACGCUGGUGCACCUCGUGGUACUGGGGCACUGUCACGCCCGCCGAUCGACCGCCGUUUGUAUCUCGGGAGAAAAGGCUCGCUGACGCGCGAGUGGUUCUCCGAUGCGGCUUCAAGAACGGCAGCAUCGUCAACAAACGGUGGCAAAAGGUGUCACACCCUCAGAGGAGCAAAAAACGAGGACUCGUGGCACUCGAAAUCGAAUCCUAUUGUGGUGAGUCGUCUCGAAGCGACAAAUGAGCUCGGGUUAACCUGGAAUUGGCGGGCCCCAUAGUGUGGAGCGGACAGAUCAUCGUCGCCAAUCAAUCGUUCUCAAUGUACUUUGACUCGGGUUCGACCGAUCUCACGUUGCCGAUGGUCGGGUGUGCCGAGAGUGAAUGUGGGUCGAAGAAAUUGUACGACCCCUCGGCGAGCGCGACGGCGGUGAAUCAGAACAAGACGCUCCAGUCUCGCUUUGCGGACGGAUCCUUCUCAAAGGGGGCCUGGUUCAAAGACAUUGUGACCGCGGGCGGUAUGACCACGAAUCAAAGCAUUAUCGGCGCGACGCAGCUGAGCUCGACAAUCAAGGGGCUCCAGUCGGACGGGAUCAUGGGCCUCGCCUUCCCAGCCCUCAGUUCGACGGGGACGCCUUCGUUCCCUUUCACGCUCAACGGGAAGGGACGCUCCGGGGUCUUUGCGAUCCGGCUCUCAGACUCGGAGGCCAAGUCCGAGAUCAGCUUUGGCGGCAUGAACCCAGCGCAGUUCGGCGGCCCGGUCACCUACUUUUCCGCCGUCAACAGUCCCGGCCAGAGCUCCAAGACGUACUGGCAAAUCGGUGAAUCGGCGCCGACGGUCGCCGGCAAGAACGCGGUCGCCAAGCGCGUGAACCUCAUCAUCGAUUCGGGGACGACCUUUAUUAUCGCACCUUUGAGCGCAGCGACGGAGUUUUACUCCAAGAUCAACGGUUCACAGAAGCUCGACGACUCGCACUGGACUUACCCCUGUGCGAGUCCGCCGACCGUUGGCUUCUCUUUUAGGCGAAGCCAGCCGUUCCUCAUCAAAGCCGACGACUUCAACCUGGGCUACCUGCCGGACGCUUCUUCGCGCUGCGUCGGUGCCGUCAUCGGUCAGGAUCUGGGUCUGGGAACUUCAUGGGUCCUCGGUUCGACCUUUCUCAAAGUGAGUUUGAAAAUGAAGAACAAACCGUCGAUGGUGAUGGAGGAUUGUCGAUGGAUUAUCAGGGAGACUCUUUGGCGCUGACGAGCCUUUCGGCCUUGUCCUCCGCCUCCCCGCCUCGUGCAGAAUUGGUACACUAUUUUCGACGUCGCGCAAGCGCGGAUAGGCUUCGCGACCCCCAGGGCUUGA